GACCCCGCGUGGGCGCGCCGCUCAGAAUGAGCCCUGCACGCGCUCCCAGUCAACCGGAGUCGGAAAAAUGGUGGCCAGCGUUCGAGUGCAGAAGCUGCUCCGACGAUAUAAACUAGCGAUUGCCGCCGCAUUAACUAUCCUCCUGAUUCAAGGGCUUGUGGUAUGGAGUCUGAGAAGUCUGGAAGAAGGCGAGGCAGAGAGAAAACUAAGACAGUCUAAGCUGCCUGACCACGACAACCAGGACCCCAAGAAAGACAACGCACAGAAUUCAUUGUCGGGGAGAAACAAGGGAAGCAAUGGUGCCAGUGCACUGAGGAGAGGGAGCAGCCGCCGUGGAGGGAAGCCCAACAUCAGGCUGAAGACCCUGGAACGGGAACGGGGAAUGACAGGGGUUGGAGUAGAUGGUGUAGUCCCCCACGAUCUCUCCAGCAGCCGUAACCUUAGCGAGAUCCGCCCAGACGGGGCAGGCAAGUUACCUGCUGCUGCCAUACCAGGAGAGCCAGGCAGCGUGGACGGGGCGCACCAAGCCCCCAACAGUGACUUUGUGCCUAAAUGUGAUAUCAUAGGAAAGGAUGCGCUGUCUGCUCUGCACCGCGCCGCGUCACAGCAGUGCAGACAGGAGAUCGCCAACAUCGUGUGCCAGCAUCAGGCCGGGCAGCUCAUGCCAGAGUCACUCCCUCAGUUCUGCCCUCAGCUUGGUGUGUCACACCCAGUUCAGGCUGUUGGUGAGCUGGAAGACAGCCUAUCCGAAGUGGAGAACCCCGUCAGAGUGGCUUUCGUUCUGAUGGUCCACGGCCGUGCUGUACGGCAGCUCAAACGUCUCAUCAAAGCCAUUUAUCACCGUGACCACUAUUACUACAUCCAUGUGGAUAAGCGGUCUGGCUACAUGCAUCGGGAGGUCCUGCAGAUAGCCCAGCAGUACCCAAAUGUGAGAGCCACGCCAUGGCGCAUGGUCACCAUCUGGGGAGGAGCCAGCCUUCUCAAAGCCUACCUACGCAGCAUGCAGGAUCUGCUCUCCAUGCUGGACUGGAAGUGGGAUUUUUUCAUCAAUCUCAGUGCCACAGACUUUCCAACUAGGACCAAUGAUGAACUGGUGGCUUUCCUGUCGCUGCACAGAGAUAAGAACUUUCUCAAGUCCCAUGGGAGAGAGAAUGCCCGGUUUAUUAAGAAGCAGGGCCUUGACCGUCUCUUCCACGAGUGUGACAACCACAUGUGGCGUCUAGGCGAGCGCAACAUCCCCGAAGGCCUGGAGGUCUCAGGCGGCUCCGAUUGGUUUGCACUCACCCGCCGUUUUGUGGAGUACGUCAUCAACUCCCAGGACGAGCUUGUGUCGGGGCUGAAGCAGUUCUAUUCCUACGCUCUGCUUCCUGCUGAGUCUUUCUUCCACACAGUGCUCGGGAACAGUCUCAUGUGUGACACCCUGGUGGACAAUAACCUGCGCGUCACCAACUGGAACCGUAAGCUGGGCUGUAAAUGUCAGUACAAGCACAUUGUUGACUGGUGUGGCUGCUCUCCCAAUGAUUUUAAACCACAAGACCUCGUUCGAAUCCAGCAACUGACCCGUCCAACCUUCUUUGCCCGCAAGUUUGAGUCCUCGGUGAACCAGGAGGCCAUAGACAUCCUGGACACUCACCUGUAUGGCCAGUAUGCUCCAGGAACUGUUGCUAUCAAGGCAUAUUGGGAGAGCCUGUUUGAGCAGCUGGAUGGCGUGGGCUCUCUCAGUGAUGUGGCUCUCACAGCGUACUUGUCAUUCUUUCGCCUGGGCCUGAAGAGUUUGGUGACUGCUCAGAGCAACGUGAAGGCCUGCAGGUUUGAACCAGUAGGCGUCCCUCUAUCUGUGCAUGUAUACUUUUAUGAUGACCGUUUCCAAGGGUACCUGGUUCGCCAAGAAGUCCAGGCAGUGGAGUCAAAGGCCAGGGAGACUUUGGAGAUGUGGGCAGUGCCUCAGGCUACACUCGUCCUUGAGAAGAACCUUAAAGAAUUUGAAAGGCUCAAGAAUCUGGAAAUCGGCACAGAGUGGGAUCCCAAAGAGAGGAUCUUCCGUAACUUCGGUGGGGUGAUCGGCCCUUUGGAUGAACCUCUGGCAGUCCAGAAGUGGGCACGUGGUCCGAACCUCACCGCCACUAUUGUGUGGGUCGACCCGGCUUUGGUGGUGGCGGCAUCUUAUGACAUUACAGUGGAUUUGGAUGCAGAGUACACACACUACAAACCGCCACUGCAGCACCCCCUGCGGCCGGGCACCUGGACGGUACGGGUGUUAAAACAAUGGGAGCGUGUGGCAGAAGUUCACUUUCUUGUCAUGCCGUUAACUUUUAAUAACAAGGAGCCGCUACGCAAAGAAGAGGACAGCUGGCUUCAUGCAGGACCUCCAGGGAACUUGUACCUGGAGCAGAGCUUCCAGCAGCUGAGCUCAGUGCUUAAACUGCCCCCCCAAGAACCUGCCAUGCAGGUGGCCCAGCGUAAUGCCCAGUUGGUGGGCCAGGCCCUUGAUGCAUGGGUGGACACUUCUGUUGAGUCCUUCUGGGUUAUCGGCGACUUGUGUGCAACACAGACUUCCUCAUGCCCAGCUUUGGGGUCUUGUUCCAAGACUGCCUGGAGCCCAUUGUCCCCAGACCCUAAAUCUGAUAUGGGCCCAGUGAAAAGUGAUGGGCGGAUCAGGUAGCCCUCAGAGAAGAGAGACUGCAGAUGUGCAGAGAAAAUCGGAGACUGCUAGGAGACCUGUGUGAACCAGGACGUCUCCGAGGUCGGCUAAGAGCUCAAGGGCACAUAAGCAACGAUAAGGAAUCUUCCUCCACCGAGGAGCCGCGUUUUUCUCAGCGCCACAGUAAUACAGGCUUGAAAGACAAGAGCAUGACUGCUGGAAAUUUGCACAUAGGAAACUGCAAGCGCCUAGUCUUGUAGCACCGCUUACUGAAUGGGUACACGGAUGUCGGGUGUAACGUGUUGUUUAAGCUGUCGCACAGGUUUGCAGUCAUGAUCCGUCUGUGCCGGAGUUUCUUUAAGAAGUGUUCAGGUGCACAGUUUUCCUGCACUUCGGUAGAAUCAACAGGCUCAGUGCCGUGCUCCGUCUUCUUUUCAAGGGAGAAUCAAACCUGUGAAUCAUGUUAUUGUGCUUAUUUUGAAGCAUUAUUAUGUAAGCAUUAAGGAACAGAUAGAUGAAGUGCACUUUACUGUAAGACUUUGGUUUUACACAGAGGUCACUAGGUUACAAUGUGAAGAUUAGAAGGUAACGGUUAAGGUCAUUUCUUUCUUUCUUUUUUACAAUAGGAACAAACUGCCACUCCCUGUUGCACAGACGCAUAAAUUUUUGGACUGUAACACAGAGAAGGAAGAGUAGUAAAGAGAGUGGGGUUCUUGUGUAUCCUUAGGAGUCUUGUGCUUUUUUUUAAAAUAUAUUAUUUGUGUCAUUUUUUCACAUUUUGUUUGUUAAUUCGCAGAACUAGCUGCUAAAUUGAGUUAAAUUUUCUGUUGUUGCAAAAAAAGGCUCUGAGCUAAACGUCUGGUCUAAGGAAGUGCCUGGACUGCUGGUGCAGAUAGCGAGGAUGCAUUCACAGUUUCCCUGAGAUCAUCUUUGUAAUACGUCUUUAACUGAAAAGGAGGGAUGUGCAGUGUGCAUGAAAGCUCCAGAACAACAGACUGUGGACCUUAAGUCAGGACUUUUACUUCCGCUAUUUGACCUGUUUCUUAUCCACUCUGCUAAAGCGACUCUACUGAGCUGAAGGAAAUGUGGGUAAAAAUAACGUUUAUUCCGAUUACUCUCGGCCCACUGGGAGGAUUGAAACCACUCUGUUUAUAUGUUAGCUCAGCAUGUAGGCUGGAAAUAGGAAGAAGCGGGCAAAAGCCAAGACACUCUACGUCUGAAACGCAGCUGUUUGUUUGUUUUUAAAACAACAAUGUCAAUGGAAGAGAAUUCAUUCUGUUUUACCUGUAAGACCCUCGUGUCUGUACCCUGGCUACUCCGUGCCAGGUGUCAACCAAGGUAUAGGACAUAUAACCCCACCAUAACACUAACGACUGUCACGUGUUGUCAGUCUUCUCUCUGCAGAGUAAGCAAGCUUACACAGUUCUCCAAAAUGUCAGAGUUCUCUUAAAUGCAAGGUUGACCUGCCGUGUAUCUGUUUGUAUGCAGUAUUGUCACGACACGUUCACAUUUAAUUUGUUAAGGUGAAUUUAAUUUCAACUUUUUGAAUUUUGUAUGUUUUCUUUGUUUGUUUUGUUUUUCUUUUUGAGUCCACCGACCCAGAGUGGUCCAUCGUCCAUUUGUUUCAGUGUGAUCGAGACUCUAAGAUGCCUUUAUGUCACAAAGCUGAAUUGUUUACUACGGGAUGAAAGCUUCCACAGAUGUGCAAUCAAUGCCUUUUCAGAUGAUAGUGAAACCCAUGUCUGUGCUUUGGUUUGUUUGAUUUCUUUUUUACUCCAACGUUACGUGUUUGUUAAGUAACAGUUGGCCACCGUGUGAGUUUUAAGUGACCUUGUUUACCUCGAUCAGUACAGUUGCUUCAGUGAAGCCCCAGUUUUAUUGGGAUAAGGGAGCAGAUGAAUGGGUGUGACAGAUGUUAUUUUUCUAUCCUGUUUGGGAGGAAUUAUGUUUGUUGUCUGUUUAUCUCUCAGCACUCGAAACUAUUAGAGCUGCUCUCCAAUCGUGUUACAUUUGUCCAGCUGUUCAGCGUCAUUUGAUACAGACCUUUAUUGUUUUUGGUGGGUGGGAAGUUGAGGUCUCCCUCCGUGCCGCUGUGAUAUGCAGCAGCCCGGCUGGUGAGUCAUCCAGGACUCUUAUCUGGAAAAAGCUCAUAGGACAGAUCUGACUGACUCAAUAAAACGAAAAAA